GCAACGUGUUUUGUGGUACUCCCUUUAAUAAUUCAAUUGCUUAGCCUUGCUGGAUGAUGAAAUGUUUCAUCUGGUUUUUUUUUUUGUUUGUUUUUGGUCUGAGCCUUUCUAUAAGUUAUUAAAAACUUUACUUGGUUUAGCUUUUAUCGAGGUUUUGUUUGCAUAGCAGGUGGUAAAGCAUAAGUAACAGCCAUGAAGUUAGAGGUACCAGAGAAUUUUGAUGAUGUUUCUAUUGCUUUUUCCAAAGAGGAGUGGAAGAUGCUAAGCAAACACGAAAAGGCACUGCACAGGGAAGUGAUGGUACAGAAUUAUGAAACCAUGGUAUCUUUGGGAUAUGUUAUCCCAAAAGAACAGCUGUUACUGCUGUUCACUGAGGUUAAGGAAGAACCAGAAGAGCACCAGAAUUAUUCUGAAGACAAUACAGGUAUUUGUAGAAGUAUUGACUUUAGCCUGAAUGUGGAAGGGCAGUUAUCUUUCAAAUGCCAGCCAACCUCUACAGUCGGGAAACCAUACGUUUGUAUGGAAUGUGGAAAGAGUUUCCGUCAUCUUUACCUUCUUAAAGUACUUCAUGAUAUACAUUUAAGAGUAACAGAACAUGUGUGCAGUGACUGUGGAAAGGCUUUUAGUCAAUGGAACAGUCUCAGGAAACAUCAGCGGAGCCAUACAAAUCGUGGCAGCAGUAGUUACAAUUCAACAGCAAAACAAGUUCCAGUUGUGUCCUUAACAUACUCUCCACAUGUGAUUCUACAUAAUGAGAGACCAUACAAGUGUCCUAAAUGUGAAAAGAGCUUCCUUCAACUGCGGGGGCUGAAAGUACACCAGAAAACUCAUGCACCAGAAAAAGAAUGUGGUGAGCAAAUUUCCUUCAUGAAAUGCAUGAAAGCUGAUCCAGGGAAAGAGCUCAAUAUUCUGACUGAAUAUGAGUGGGAAUUUUUAGACAGAGGCACGGGCAAACAAAUUCAGCAGUCAGGCAAAGAAAUUAAACCUUUCAAAUGUAAUGUGUGUACCAAAAGCUUCCAUAAGUUACAUCACCUCCAAAGUCAUCAGAUAGCUCAUGUUUCCAAAAAACCUUAUAAGUGUUCAGAGUGUCAAAAAAGCUUCAGUCAAGCUGGUUGUUUAACGAUGCAUCUUCGUGCUCACCUGAGAAAAAAGUUAAAUUCAUCUUUAGAAGGAAAACGCUUUCAGUGCGAUGUCUGUAAUAAAAGCUAUGUUGCUCAAUGUGGGCUAAAACAGCACCAGAGGAUUCACACGGGUGAAAAGCCUUUUGAGUGCAUUAAAUGUAGAAAAACCUUUUUUACUAGUUCUAAUUUUAUAGUGCACACACGUCUUCACACAGGCGAGAGACCUUAUAUUUGUCAUCUGUGUAAGAAGACCUUCAGCCAGCAUUCACACCUUACAGUACACCUGCGAACCCACACUGGUGAGAGACCGUAUAAAUGUGGAACUUGCAAAAAGACAUUCACCCAAAAAAGCCAUCUGCGAACUCACUCUGUAAUUCAUACAGGCAGCAAACCCUAUAAAUGUGGAAUAUGUAAGAAAGGGUUCAAUAAUUCUUCUCAUCUCAAGGUUCAUCAACGGGUACACACUGGAGAAAAACCUUUUGAAUGUAAAAUGUGCUUGACAAAGUUUACUCACCCAUCAUCUCUCAAAAAGCAUCAGUUGAAACAUUCUGGAAAGAAACCUUAUCAGUGCAGCAAAUGUAAAAAAGGCUUUAAUACGCUAGAAUGCCUUGUUUCACAUCAGAGUGGCCAUGUGGUUAAAAAACGUUAGAUACUGAGAAUGCAAAGGUGCAUAAAACCUUUCAAGUCACAUGAUAAUUUAUAAUCAAGCUUGGCUUCUUAUAUGCAAACAUUUUUGUACAUUCUCUGCAGAAUUUGAAGAUACUUGAAAAGAUAUCGCAGGCAGAGGUAGAUGCCUGUGACAGAUGUGUACUACAAACUGAGUUGAAAAGAAAGUGGGUCUUUUUUUCCUUUUGAUUUAAAAAAAAAAAUAAUGUGAUUAAAUGUAGAGAGCAGUACACUGUAAAGAUGGACCUGUGUUAAUUGAUUUUUUUUAAGGUGUUACGAGACUGUUGAUCUCCAGGGAAGCAAAUGGAACUUGUAUGCAUAAAGCCACAUGCACUUCAUUGUGAAUUGACAGGAUGUUUUUCAAAUUCAGUGUUGUGAAAGAGAAGGUGAAAUAAUUACCAAGUGGGACAUCACUGAUUGUCCUAGGAUAGACAUACAUCAAGUCACAAUACUGAAGUAGUCAGAUAUUUAACUAUCAGUAUUUUACAUAGAAAUAUAUAUAAUAAAGGUCAACCAAACUAA